ACGUCGUGCGUAGGGGGCGGUACUUUGUGUAGCAAACCCGUCCGCAUUGUUGUGGGGGGGAAGGCGAAGCUUGUAGCAGCAGCAGCAGUAACAGCAGCUCUGCGUUAACAGGGAAGAGGACGUUGCUGAAUUCACGGAUGGCUUAUAAACCCGGGUCCCAGCCAUUUUACAUGUUCUGGGGAGGUCACCGUGGAUACCUUUUGGUGUAAUUCAUCUCCGCUAACAGGAAGUUCAGCCUGCGGCCCUUUGGAUGAGAACAUUGUGUGCGGAAUCAGAGCCGCCGAGCAGGCCGUAUCGCCAUUGCGUUCAGCAGCCGCUGUCUCCGUCUUCAGCUAAAAGCAUAGGACCUCCCAGAUCUUUGAGGGUCCACCAUGGGGAAGAAAGCACGGAACAACAGGAUCCCUGCGCUGCAGCGGGCGCCGUCUCCCAUCAAACCGUCACCGAACAGGGAAACCCUGACAUACGCGCAAGCCCAACGCAUGGUGGAGCUGGAGGUUGAUAGCCGCGUGCACCGGAUCAGCAUCUUUGACAAGCUCGAUGUCAUCUCAGAUGAUGACCCCGUGGCUCAGGAGAUCAUGGAAUGCACCAGCAAUAAGGAGAAUACAGAGAAACCUCAACAGGCCCCUUUACGGUCAGCACGUCUCAAGAACAACCGCCUAAAAAAGAACGCUGCAGUAAACACCCAAGGGGUGCAGGCAGCGUCCUGUACCCUACCAGAACCAAAAUUCCGCACUGUGGAGUACAACUUACCGGCCGUGCCGCGAAGACCUCAGACGUAUUAUACGUACGAAGAGAAAACCCCAGAGGAGCUAGACGAGGAAGUUGAAUAUGACAUGGACGAGGAGGACUAUGCCUGGCUGGAGCUGGUCAACGAAAAGAGGCGAAGCGAAGGUUUCAGCCAGGUCUCUCCCAAUGUCUUUGAGUUCCUCGUGGAUCGCUUUGAGAAGGAAUCAUUCCUAGAGAGCCAAGGCCAGCAAGAUCCACAGUCUCUGGUGGAUGAGGACGCAGUGUGCUGCAUCUGUAUGGACGGGGAAUGUCAGGACAGCAAUGCCAUCCUUUUCUGUGACAUGUGUAAUAUCGCAGUUCAUCAGGAGUGUUACGGAGUUCCUUACAUCCCUGAGGGCCAGUGGCUUUGCCGACAUUGCCUGCAGUCUCCCACUCAGCCGGCGGACUGCAUCCUCUGUCCCAACAAAGGUGGCGCUGUGAAGAAGACUGAGGAUGACCGCUGGGGGCAUGUCGUCUGUGCUCUGUGGGUGCCUGAGGUUGGCUUCUCUAACACGGUCUUUAUUGAGCCCAUCGAUGGCGUAGCCAACAUCCCACCUGCCCGCUGGAAACUCACCUGCUACCUCUGUAAGGAGAAAGGCAUCGGCGCCUGCAUCCAGUGUCACAAGGCUAACUGCUACACCGCCUUCCAUGUUAGCUGUGCACAGAAAGCUGGCCUUUUUUUGAAGAUGGAGCCCGUUAAAGAGACUAGCGAUUCGGGUGACCCUUCCUUCACUGUGAAAAAGACAGCAUACUGCGGCGCUCACACCCCCAACGGGUGUGUCAAGAGGCCACUCAAUAUAUACAACAGCCCCAAAACCAAAAAUGGACUCUGUCGGGCACAGAAAAAGAAAACGAGUCAGACAAAAAAACAGAACAACAAAAAGAAAAAAAAGGGUGUAGAGUCUGUAGCAACAGUCCCAACUAUGACCAUUUGUAGUUUUCCACCACAUAGGUUGGACUCGAUCCUCAGUCAAGUUUCUCUCCAGAGAAAGAAGGCAUUUGUCGAGCUGGUCUUGAACUAUUGGACCCUGAAGAGGCAAUCACGGAACGGGCUGCCAUUGAUCAGACGACUGCACUCCAGCCUCCAGUCCCAGAAAACUGCCCAGCCCAAGCACAGUGAGGACGAGAGCCGGGCACUGAAGGAGCAGCUGAAGGAAUGGCACCGUUUGAGGCAUGACCUCGAGAGAGCCAGGCUAUUGCUGGAGCUUAUCAGAAAGAGGGAGAAGCUCAAGAGAGAGGAGAUGAAACUGCAGCAGUCAAUUUUAGAGGUGCAGCUCUCCCCAUUAAGCAUUUUGCUGAGAGCUGUUUUGGAUCAGCUUCAGGAAAAAGACCAGGCCAAGAUCUUUGCUCAGCCAGUUAGCAUCGAAGAGGUACCUGAUUACCUGGACCACAUCACGCACCCUAUGGACUUCUCUACCAUGAGGAAACGCAUAGAUGCGCAGGCUUACAGCAACCUGGAGGACUUUGAGGCCGAUUUCGACCUAAUAGUUGCGAACUGCAUGAAAUAUAAUGCCAAGGACACAUAUUUUUACCGUGCGGCUGCCAGGCUGAGGGAUCAGGGAGGAGUUUUACUUAGGAAGGCACGCCGGCACAUCGAACGCAUUGGCUUCGAGCCAGGCACGGGCAUGCACACAUGCGAACCACCCAAGGUCGAGGCACCUCCUUCUUUCUCUUGGGAAGAUGUGGACAGACUGCUGCUUCCAGCCAACAGGCAGCACAUGUCGCUUGAGGAGCAGCUAAAGGAGCUCCUGGAAAAGCUGGAUCUGACGACGGCCAUGAAGACGAGCCCAUCCCGCAGUAAACGGUUAAAACUGCUGAAGAAGGCCAUCAGUGACUUGAGGAUGGAAAUGAGUCUGAGGAGCACAUUGGCUCACUCCGCUGAACCCAGUAAACCAGCAGAGGAACAGACAGAAGAGCAGAACUCGGCUGAGGAAGGAGACAAAUCAUCCCCUCCAAAGCUGGAACCGUCAGAUUCCCACCCCCCUGUCGUCCAAUCCGACGGACCGUCUGAGCCACCCACGCUGAACCCUGUGGAGCUUACCUUGGAGCAACAGCAGCUAGGAAAGCCUGAGCGCACCGAGACGCUGAAUGGACUCUCACGGGAACGGUUACUGAUGGACAAUGCUGAUGUCAGUGUGGUGGCUACGUCCACCGUCGCUGAGCGCUCGGCUACUGUAAACAGGCGUACAUCAGUGCUUUUCCGUAAGUCCAAAAGCACAAGCCCACAGAAGACCACGGGAGGGGAUGAAGCCCAAAUAGGUGCCAAGACCAUCCUGUCAGUAGUCAUCCCACGGCUGGAGACCCUGCUUCACACCAGAAAGAGGACGCGUAGUGCUAGCCGGGGCAGCGAGGGCGAAGAGGAGAUGUCUACCAAGCGCCCCGGUCUGUCGAAUGGUUUUGUUCUGGGGAAGCAGAAAGCGUUGAAUCCCAGCAGGCAGCAGGAGCCUCGUCGUAGAUGCGCCUCAGAGUCCAGCAUUUCCUCCAGCAGCAGUCUGCUGGGCAACACCAGGAGCGCCCCUCUGGGUUUCCCGAAGUGCGGAAAGGGGAAACCAGCUCUUGUGCGCAGGAACACUGUGGAUGACAAAAGUGAGCUUAUUGCUUGCAUCGAGACUGGAAACUUCGCCAAAGCUGCUAGACUCGCUGCUGAAGUUGGGAACAGCAGUUUGUGGAUGCCUGCUAAUGCUGCAACAGUUGUUUUGGAGCCUCUUAAACUAGUUUGGGCAAAAUGUAGUGGAUAUCCAUCCUACCCUGCCUUGAUAAUUGACCCUCACAUGCCUCGGGUGGGCUGCAACCACAACGGGGUGUCCAUACCAAUCCCGCCACUGGACGUGCUCCGCAUUGGAGAGCAAAUGCAGUACAAGUCCGAAGAGAAGCUCUACCUCGUCCUUUUCUUCGACAACAAACGCAGCUGGCAAUGGCUUCCUAAAUCCAAAAUGGUUCCUCUCGGCAUUGACAAAACCAUCGACAAGAUCAAAAUGAUGGAGGGUCGCACCUCAGCCGUUCGCAAAGCUGUUCAAAUCGCCUUCACGCGGGCCAUGAACCACCUGAGCCGAGUGCAAGACGAGCCAAGCAGCGAUCUCAGUGAUGUCGACUAACAGCAGACACCACAGAGCACAUGGGUGAACUGUAAAGCCUUAGUAUUCUCCAUGCCUUGCUCAGAUCUUCAAUUGUCUGCUGCCAAAGCUCUUUUUUUCCCCCCUUCUUUUCCUCCCCAUGAGGAGAAAGUUGCUCUGGUGACUGCUGCUUUGAUGACAGUGUGCUUGAAUGCAUUUGAUUGUCUCUCCUUCACUGUGCCGGGCUCUUGCUGCCACCUUCACUGCCACUCACCUCCUUCAUUUCCACCAGAAGUUCUCAUUUUCACUCACAAAAGUGUUCAUUUGUUCUAAGAACUCUGUAAAUAAUUGUAAAUGGCUUCCUCCUAACUUAUUCUGUAGAGUUGCCGCACUGGGUACUGUAAAUUUUUUUUCUUCUUUUUUUUGUAGUAGUAUUUAUAUAAUAUUAUUUUUUGGUUGGUGAAUUACCUUUAGCAUCUCAGCGUCUUCCUCACUGAUACAGAAGAAGAAAGAAAAUGUUCAAGCAGGAAAGGACGCUUGAUCAGGGCUUAAAAAAAUAAUGUGAGAAUAUUGAUUUUCCUUUUUUAUCAUUUAAAUUAUUGAGGUUUAUAUGCAUAAACUUCUUUUUGGUAUUAUGUCUUUUGUACCCAAUAAUGUUUUUAUAACAGUUUUAGCCUAUUUUGUUGUGAUAUAUUUAUAUAAGUGAAUAUAUAUCUGUAUACUUUAGAUGCUCACACAAAUUACCGUUGUUAUGGAAACUGAAAGCGUGUUCUCAUGAAACCAAAAGAGGAAAAAAAAAAUGCUGCCCAGACAUUUCAUUUUUUUUCUUUUUUUUAUAUUAUUUUUAAAGUUUAUUUUUUUAUACAUCUUUAAAAGUUUUAUUUGUGUUGGUUUAACAGCAUUGUCCACACUGAAAUGUUUUCGUUUGUUUUUGUCUUAUGUAUUGGUUGUGUAAUUGGGACCUUCAUGAUGUUGUAAUUGAAUGACGUGGCCAUGUUAAAUUAUUGUGGGUGGGGUGGGGGGUAACGAAGAUGAAUUAGUUUCAUUUGGCACAUUCCACUGGAUCGCUAAUGAUAGCCUUUAUAUAAAUACAGUUAGAUAUGACUGGUUAGUAAAAUAAUUCAUUGCAGUCAUUUAGUUGUCCUCUGGGUAGCGAGGGUAGAUAUAAGGGUGGAAAAUUUUUAUAUGUUACAGGAUUUUUUUAAUUGGAUAACAAUGGUUGCUGGGAUUUUUUAUAGAUAAUAAAAAAGAUGA